CACGGGGGGAGGUGAAGGGAGUGUUGCGAGCUGGAAAUCAAGUAUUAGCGGGAGCGUUCUCUCGUUACAUAACCCGUCGUUUGUUCAACCGCGUGAUCCGUUAUUCCACAGUCGGAUAUUGAAAGCACUGUCGAAAAACACUUGUCAUCACGAGAGAAUUUGCGCGUGGUUAUAUCUUCACGAGAACUGCAACCAUCAUUUUCUUGUCUCUAUCUUUUAAUCUAUGUGCGGCAGUGUCGUGGUGACGACUGAACGCCGUGGAAAAGAGAAGGGAAGACAGGGCACUAGAAUCACGUUUUUCUUUUCCCAGCCUUAGCUGAGUAAUAUUAUCAGAGAGACAUCCAUCCACACCUCUCCGAGGACAUGGAGGCGCCGGGUUUGGCACACGCGAUGGCGAGCCCGCUAAGCCCACGCGACGGUAUGGUCAAAAACGUGAGUCUGGAGUCUCUCCAGCUGUGCGAGAGGGACGGAAAGGCAGAUGACAGUGGCGUGGUGGGAAUUGAGGAGUUACCUGUUCCUCGCAACAUCAAGAUCAGUAACAUCACCUGUGACUCUUUUAAGAUCUUUUGGGACAUGGAACCUCACACCACAGAAAAGAUCACGCAUUAUUUCAUUGACCUUAACAAAAAGGAGACCAAGAACUCCAAUAAAUUUAAACACAAGGACGUGCCCACUAAGCUUGUUGCUAAGGCGGUCCCGUUGCCUAUGACAGUACGAGGGCAUUGGUUCCUGAGUCCACGGACAGAAUACACAGUUGCUGUGCAAACUGCAUCCAAACAGAGCGAUGGAGACUACGCUAUAUCAGAAUGGAGUGACAUUGUUGAGUUCUGUACAGCAGAUUAUUCCUCGGUCCAUUUGACGCAGUUGCUUCAGAAGGCUGAAGUCAUCGCUGGCAGGAUGCUGAAGUUCUCUGUGUUUUACCGGAAUCAGCAUGAGGAGUACUUCCAACAUUGCAGAGAUGUGCUUGGUGGUCGAAUGAUGCCCUCAGUUAAGGAUAACAGUGGCAGUCACGGUUCACCUCUCAGUGGUAAACUGGAAGGGAUUAUCUUCAGCUGUAACACUGAGUUCAACACAGGUCAGCCUCCAAAGGAUUCCCCGUACGGCCGCUUUCACUUCCAGGUGCCUGCGGAGACUCUUUUCACUCCUGACACGCGUGUCUACUUCGGGGACUUUUAUUGUAUGUACACUGCCUAUCAUUACGUUAUCCUGGUUCUUGCUCCCCGGGGCUCCAGCGGAGACUUGUAUUGCAGCGAACGCCUGCCAGAGCUGGACGUAACCAACAACCGUUUCCUAACACGCGUCUCUGGGGAGGACGGGCGUGUGGAAUUCCGGCACGCACAGGAUGUCAUCCUGGAGCUGAUUUAUACAGAGCCGGUUCCACUGGAACUGGGAAACGUCUCUCAAAUGAGCGUCUCUCAAAUGAGCUUAUCUACUGUCAAUGCCAAGAAAGACCCCAGCUGCAAGACCUGCAACAUCAGCGUCGGCCGUUAGCCGUCGCGCACACAUUAACAUAAACCAAUAUCUCUAAGCAAGCGAUUGAGACGUGCAACCUUUACAAUAUUAUUGGUAACCAGACAAAAAACCUAGACAGAACUAAAACUCUUUGGGGGCCUCACAGAAAUUCAACGAAAUGGUUAAUUAAACAUAAUAUAUCCUCAUUGAGAAGUUACUGAACAGCAGAAAAAAGAAAACAGAGCAAGGCAGAAAAAUGAAGCAAAACGAAGAGUUUAAGCUGAAUUUCCAAAAAAAACUAAUCCCACUGUGAACCUUACCUGCGUGUUUUUGGUGCUUUUUCUUAUAUUUAAAACACAGCCCCAGAACUAUUUGACUUUCGAUACAUUCUGGACCUCAGACACGAUUGUCUUUUUCAGUUUACACUAAAGCUAUCAAACCACUCAUGUUUCUUACAUUAAACAUCCAAAGUCAAGCAACAGUCCUACAUCAUAACUGUUGUGAAAACCUACAGUGCUGUCAUUGCCUUAUAGAAAACUCCAUCUAUCCUCAAAGGGAAAAAAAGGAACUGAGAAAAGAAAUACAGCCACAUCCAGGCGUUUCCUGAGAUCGCACACCCCAACAAGAUCUCUACUCCAUAUAUGCUGCCUGUCAUUAUUAAAUCCUGGCUCUCCUGGGAUCCCAUGAAGACUUGCAGCAAGCGCAAAAGAACAAAUGCUUUUUGACUCUCUGCCCAGCAUCCGCAUGCCACCUGAGCCUUUAAACCUUCUCUUGUACCCUCAAUGUGUUCAGUUUUAUACUAAACGCAGUUUUCCUUUAAAUGGAUUACUCGUGAAACAGUUACAUUAUAUUGCUAUUUUUUUGGCGGUGUGUUGAUUCCUGUUAGAGCAUAUGCCCAUUACAAUCUCUGAUAUGAAUUCAUUUGUUUUACUGAUAUAACACUUAAUGAUUUGCUGGAGAAAGUUUCACAGAUGGAUAAGAUUUUGUUAUAGUUAUACCCAAAUUUCAGUCUUAUCAAGAUACUGAAACCUUUUAAAAUGUAGCUUUUGUAGGAGAUAUAUAUGUUUAUGUGCACUAUUCAUGGACAUAUUCCAUCAUUUCAACACUAUAUGUAGUCAAAUAUAUCAUCUCCCAUCCGGAAGUUUAUAAAAUCAUAGUUUGUGUCUGUACGUUUGGGUGUGACUGUGUUUGACUGUACGUGUGAUUUUGAGUGCAUUGUGCCCCUGCAGUAGAUAGAAACGGUUUGACUGUUGACUUAACACUCUUCUGCCAUUCUAAUUUGUGCACAGGUUAUUAGUUAAUGGAUUUAUAAAACAGAAAAAUAUUGUUCUUCACUCCACAUUCAUGAUGUAUUGCCUUAUUCUUACCUUUGCUGAUUUGCAUUUGAUCAUACUCUUAUCUAGUUUGCAUAGCCAGACCUUUACUGCAACAACAUUCUGGUGAUUUUGUAGCUUAAACAGAUCUAGAACUACACACGUUGACAGGAAGAGCCUGAGGUCUGACAUCUUACUUUGUUAUAGUAGAAAAACAUUAGAGCUUGAUAUGGUCAUGGACAGCCCAGUAACACAAAUCGAUCCAUUUCAACGUGUGAACGUGCCUCAUACUGAAAAACAUGUUUUUCUUGUUGCUAUGUUUAUAAGAAACCAAAUGUGACUGUUCAAUAAAGAUUAAGAAAGAGAC